AUGGGCAAAAGAACACUAGAGAACUCAAAAGAAAGUAUUGGUUUGAAACAGCGAGAUGGGGCUGUACAAGAGGAAGAUGAGUUCACGGCGUUCUCAGAUAGGGAAGAAGACAUGAAUGGAGCUAAAGCAAAUGGACACCAUGUUGGAGAUAGUCAUCGUAAAAAUAAUAAUAAUAAUAAUAAUCAUAAUCAUAAUAAUAAUAAUAAUAAUAACGAGAUGGAGGAUGAAGACGAAGACGAAGAUGAAGAUGAAGAUGGCGAUGGCGAUGGCGAUGAUGAUGAUGAUGAUGAGGAAGACGAUCAGGCGCAAGAAAAAUCACUCCAGCCACCAACAAAGAAACAAAAAAAGCAGCUCACGGCACAGGAUAUUCAGAUGGCUAGAGAAACAGCAGAGCUUUUCAAGUCCAACAUUUUCAAACUUCAAAUCGAUGAGUUGUUGAAGGAAGUGAAAGUAAAGAGCCACCACGAGGAGAAAAUGGAAAAAGUCUUGCAUCGUUUACAUGAUCUCAUAAAACAAAUACCAUCAACCGAAAACUUGACAUUGCAACAAGCUGAACAUUUGUUCAAUUCCAAGAAAAUUGCAAUCCCAUUUCCUGACCCAAAACCCACUAAUGUAAAAUACCAAUUUCUGUACAAGACACCCGAUGAAGUAUCCUUGGUGGGAUCGUAUGGUCUCAAGACCGGUAUUAAUCAAGGCUCAAGUAUCGAGAUGGCAGUCACAAUGCCAAAGGAGAUGUUUCAACCCAAGGACUAUUUAAAUUAUAGAGCAUUAUACAAAAGAGCAUUUUACUUGGCAUACCUUGCUGAUCAUUUGAUGUCAUUGACCAAGAAAAAUAACUUGCCAGUGAAAAUCUCAUACCAUUACCUCAACGACGACGUAUUGAAUCCAGUAUUGCGAAUUGAAAGUAUCAAGACAGAGAACCCAAAGGACUUGAUUUUUUUCAAAACAAAAUACACCAUAAACUUAAUUGCGGCUUUCCCCUUUGGUGUGUUUGAUCAUAAGAAAUUACUUCCCGAUAAGAAUUGUAUUCGUGUGCAAACCGACUUGCUAGAGUUGCCAGCAACACCAAUAUAUAAUGCAAGCAUCAUUACGCAAUCAUCCUACGACUAUUAUCUUAAGUAUUUGUAUGCAAUGAAAAAGUCAACAGAGGCAUUCAAAGACGCUUGUAUACUAGGGAGACUAUGGUUGCAACAGCGUGGAUUUAAUUCAUCGUUCAAUGACGGGGGGUUUGGACAUUUUGAGUUUGCAAUCUUACUCAGUGCAUUGCUCAGUGGAGGCGGUGUCAAUGGUAAUAAAGUUUUGAUGAGUGGAUUCUCCUCAUACCAAUUGUUUAAAGGUGCAAUUCAGUAUCUUGCCACAACUAAUUUACGCAAAGGCUACUUGUCUUUCUCUUCUCAAAUCGGAAGAGGUGGAGGAGGAGAGAAUGUACCUGCUAAGUACAAACCAGAAGGUUUUGGAGUUCCCACAAUCUUUGACAAAAAUACCAAACUUAAUGUACUUUGGAAGAUGACAUCAGCAUCAUAUGACGCAUUGCAAAACACAGCAGUGCAAACCAUGAGUUUGCUCACGGAUAUUGUGCGCGAUCGAUUUGAUCCAAUCUUGUUGCAAAAAUCAACAUUUGAACCUUUGAGAUAUGAUAUAGUCUUGACAGUGAAUAUACCGGAAGAUGUACACGAUCAAUUUGGCGCAACAGAGAAAAUCAAAUUUAUAUCAUUUGACAAUUUUGUCAUCUACAAGCUAUACACUAUUCUCGAGAAUGCUUUGGGAAACAGGGUAUCAUAUAUCAAUAUCAAGAAUGAAAAACCAACGACAACUUAUUCCAUUGCAAAGAGGAAACCAACUUACCUGAGUGAUACUUUUGUUAUUGGUCUUCAAGUGAAUCCAGACGAAGUCGAUAAAUUGGUCACCAAAGGUCCAAACAACAAUGAAAAAGAGGAAGGUGCGAGAUUCAGACUGUUUUGGGGUCAAAAGGCUUCUUUAAGGAGGUUCAAGGAUAGUAGUAUUCAUCAUUGUGUCGUGUGGUCAAUAACUACCAAAAACCCCAUCAUUGUUUCGAUUAUAGAGUAUGCGCUUGAUUUGCACUUGUCGUCAGAGAUUUCUCAGUUGAUUGGUACCAAUGUUGGGGAUUUUGAGCAAAGAUUACCUGUACCAUUAUUGCCCACGGCAUCGAACCAGGUUACAAACUCGUUGGUGAGCUAUAAUGCAUUGAGAACUGCAUUUGACUCCUUGUCAAAAAAUUUGAGUAAUUUGGAUUUACCUUUGCGAGUCAAGAGUAUAUUGCCUGCUUCGCUGUCGUUGAGAUAUUCAUCGGUUUUGCAACCGGUUCCAUUUGCAGUAUCCAACCCAGACUUCUGGAAUGAUUGCAUCGUCCAAUUUGAGAUUUCUUCUAGAUGGCCAGAUGAAAUCAGUGCAGUUGAGAAGGUAAAAUCAGCAUUAUUGCUUCAAUUACGCGAGAAGUUACAAAAUACUGGUUACAAUAGUUUCGUAACACAAGACCAAUCUGUGCCGUUCAAUCAAGAUACUACGGCAUUGAACAUAUUGACUCCGGAAGGUUACGGUUUUAGGCUAAAAGUGUUGACGGAAAGAGAUGAGACGUUGUAUCUUCGAGCAGUGUCUAAUGCUGAAAAACAGAAAGCUUUGGUACAAGAAGUGUACUUGAGCUUUGUGAGAGCUUACCAAGGAGCAGUUAAACAUAACAGGACAAUUUCACAGCUCGCGCAGCAUUUCCAAUACUUUUCACCGACGGUUCGUUUGUUCAAACUCUGGUUAGAUUCGCAAUUGUUGCUUACCCAUUUUAAUGAAGAGUUGGUUGAAUUACUUGUUUUGAAAUCAUUUGUUGAUCCUGCACCAUAUUCUAUUCCAAACUCAGUUGAGAAUGGGUUUUUGCAAACCCUUUAUUUCUUGGCCAAUUGGAAUUGGAAAGAAGCACCACUUAUUCUUGAUUUGGUCAAAUCCACUGCGGAAGAUGAUAGUAAAUUGAGUGACAAGCUCACCAUUCAGGCUUACAGAGUUAUUGAGGAGAACUUUAACAAGAUUAGAAAAAACGACCCGUCCGGAAUCAAGACUCAACUAUUUGUUGGUACUAAAGAUGAUCCGUCGGGUAUACUUUGGUCGAGUAAUUUGACAUUACCAAUCGCUACUCGAUUAACAGGACUUUCUAGAGUUGCACUUAACUUGCUAAAGACCCAAGGUAUAAGCAAAAACAAUUUGGAUCUUUUGUUUACUCCAGCGUUGCAGGAUUAUGACUUCACAAUCCAAGCUAAACCACAAAAUCUUACAACCAGUUCGGGUGUCUUGCCUCCAAAUACAUUUAAAAACUUGAUUCAGCCAUUAACAUCAUAUCCUAGUAGCUUGGAAUCCAAGUACGACCCUAUUCAAUUAUAUGUCAAGGAUUUGAAUGACAAAUUCGGUAACUGCAUAAUAUUUUCGGUCAAGAAGUUUACUGGUCUUUGUCCCAAGAAUGAAAAUGUCAUUGGCGGUUUGUUCGUACCGUCGACCUUGGGAAGAAAGAAAUUCAGAGUCAACUCUGGAUUGAAUGUUGCACCAGUAGAAGAUGAAAAGAGUGCAGAUGAGGUGGAGUUGAAUAAAGAAGCAGUCUUUGACCAAAUAAAAAUUCUUGGAGGCGAUUUGGUUGCUGCAUUCAAUACCCGGAAAUAG